GUCAUUUUCGCCGAUUCGAUUUGGUACAGGAACGAGGCUUUUCUUCUUUUUUGGGUUUAUUUCCGUGACGUGAAUGUGGUUUCGUCGCUUGUCUUUCGUUUGUAGGGCGAGCAAUGGCGAUAUGAAAGUUGGAUAAUGAGGGAUAAGCCAGUGGAAGCAGCAUUGGCCGGGAACAGGUGCUUGUGGCAACGCUCGGCGACAGUAUUAUCUUUCACGACACGGAACUUCCCGGAGCCGCCAUGCGUGUGUGUGUGCUAGUUCUUAGGCCAUUUCUGAUGCUUUCCUUCGGCUGUUUAAAGCGACAAUUCUAAUCAUCCCGUUUUCGCAAUUCGAAUGAUCUCGCAAGCAGAACCGAUCAUUAGAAUUAUGCAUUCGAACACGACUACCAUUGAUUUAGUAAAUAUAUAUGUAUCUAAAAAUCCAUAAGGAAAUAAAUAAGAACCCACCGAAAGGCAACAGCGCCAUAGGCUCCGCCCACCGGAUGCGCGAGGACCAAUCAGCGCGCGGAUCAGCGGCGUUGCCCCGUCAUACGCGUAGGAGAGUCGGUAAGCCCGCCCAGAUUUUCUAUUGUUCGCCCGCCAAGGCACUUAACAUCCUUUUAUUCAAUGACAAACUCGCCCUUACAGCGGGGAGAAUCGCUUAAGGUGAUUUGGUAUUCAUCGGCGAGCUGUUAAGCUGUGGCCGUAUUGUAAAACUCACUGUCUCGCAAUCGACCAUAUUUGUCUUGGACGCUUGUUGGUGCAGAGCCUCGAAAGAGCCUCGCCGGGGCCUCGUCACGCCUGUAUUGCGGGGACAAAAUCCGUCGCUGCUCUCUCCCGCCCUUCGCCGCCACCUAUGUCAGCUCUGGUGGUGAUUACGCGCCCGGUGCACACGCGUCCUAUACCAUUAUCCACAAAAGGAUUCGAUCCUAAUGGCUGCGCGCGGAAGGGAAGUCGCCGUAACAAUCGCACCGCAAGUGAUUUAAAGGCAGCCCAGUGAGAGGAUUGGUGGCCUGCUCCAGCGCCUCUGCCGGACCUGCAUGUGUUCGCGUACGCCAUCUGGUGAGAGCCGCGGGAACUACCGGUACCCGCCAAAGCUACAGUGCCCUCCAAAAUCUAUAGUGUACCCCCGAAUGAAAUACAGUGUCCGUCAAAAUCCUCAAUGACAUUUAUAGCCAUAGUGACCAUCGCAUGACUGGUGUCGAGGGAGAGAAGGAAGAAAAAGCCAAAAAAAAAAACAUGCAAAAAAACUAAAUAAAGCAGUUGCCACAUCCCGCGUGCGUACCAAAAGGAAGUCUUCAUCAGGAGAGACCAGUAAAGAUUUAUUGAGUGCAACCCAUACUGUGCGCUUGCCUUGCACCAUCGCACAAUACCUCCAUUAAGCUUGCCACCAUCGGCCGCUCUUGAAAACGCGGCUUGCAAUAUGACGAGCUACAGCUACUCAACACAGCAAGACCAGUGGAAAGAAAAUAAUAACAACAACAACAACAGUAACAACAACAACAACAGCAUCGGGAGUAUGGCUACUUUCUGUCAGUCAUCGGGCUCGGUCCCGGCCACCCUCCGCGACCUGUACACGAGAAGUGGCCUGUCUUCCAGUUCCCCUUCGGCAGCGUCUCCUGCCUCGCCCCUUGACCUGACCAGGUACUCCCUGCCGUCGCUGCGUCAGUACGAGUUAGCACAGCAAAUGGUGACGCAGCAGGGGGCCGUCAACAAGCUGCUAGUGGCGCGCCGCAGUGUAACAAGAUCGAGCUACAGCCAGAAUCCGCAUCUUCGUGGGAAUUCGCGAGAAGCUGACUCGGAGAGCGUCUGCACCACCCCCCCCCUCCUCUCCUCACACAGAAUCCUCAGGAACCGCGCGGCUGAGAGAGCGGCGGCAGAGUUCGCGCGGGCGGCUGGCUACGGCCUCUACAACCCCUACGCCUUCCCCUGGGCCAACCCUGCGCUCCUGUCGCCCCUGGCCGCCGCCCUCCCGCUACACGCCGCCGCGGAGAGCGCCGUCGGGGCCAAGGACAGCGGCGGCGCGCACUCCGAUGGGGAAGGCGGCGGUUCCCACAAGGACUCUCCCACGCAGCUGUCGCCCUCAGACCUACACAGCUCUGCCUCCCAGAGCACCAACGAAGUUCGGUUCCGUAGAAACAGGACGACCUUCACCGCCGAUCAGCUGGACGAACUCGAGAAGGAGUUCGAGAAGACACAUUACCCCGAUCUGCCGACGAGGGAACGUUUGGCCGAGAAAACGUUGCUGUCGGAAGCGAGAGUUCAGGUGUGGUUUUCCAACAGACGGGCCAAGUGGAGGCGCCACCAGCAGCUGAGCGUCCUCCGCCCCUACUCCUCCUCCGACGAGCCUCUCCCCCACUCGCCGAGGACGACCUCGCCUUACUCCGAGGGCGCGUCGACCCCCGACAUGCGCCGCUCCCCGAGCCCCCCGUCCCCCUGCCCCGCGUCAGCCCCCCUGGCGGCGCCCCCGUCGUCGUCCGGCAGCCGGCCGAGCCCCACGGCCUGCGCCUCCCCCAUCAGCCCCUCCAGCGCCUGCCCCACCACCACCUCGGCCCCGGCAGGCGGUUCCACCCCUGGCGGCCCGUCGGCGGCGCUGGGGCGGCGCUCCCCGCGGCCGGCCUCGACCUCUCCACCUCCUCCGCCUCCGCUGGGGGCGCACCCUCGCCUGCUCUCACCCCUUCCCCAACCUCCGCCUUCACCCGCAUCGGCCGCCGCCCUCAACCUCUCCAUGCCACACCCGCUGCCCCACGCCCAUCUGCGCCACAGCCCGCCCAUGUCGACCUCGGCCCACCUCGGGCGCCUGAGCAGCCGCCCGCCGCCGCCUCCCUUGCUGCCCGCCAGCCUGCUCUCGCUGCCCCAGUACCCAGGCUUCUCACUCGGGCGUGACCUCACCCUCACGCCCAUCAACCUCUCCAGCGCCCACGCCCGUGAGAUCAUGGCCGCCCAGGCUCGCUGCCUGCUCAAGUCGGCCGCCCAGACCGCCCACUACAAGGACGAGGACGAGGACGAGGACAGCGACAUCGAGAUCGACCUCGACGCGAAGGAGGACGAGAAGGAAGAGGAGGAGGUCGAGGCGCAGGACCUGAGCGUCAAGAGGAGGAGGACGGAGAGCGAGGAUAAAGAGGAGGCCAAAGAGGAGGAGAAGAGUGGCGGGCAGACGGAGGAGGAGGAGGAGGAAGAAACCAAGCAAGAGAAAAUGGAAGACGCCUGAGCGCGGGUCGAGACGCGUGGCCGGAUGAGUUUAAUCUCUCGUUUAAGGUAAUUUAUUGAUUAAUUUAUACCCUCCAGGAAGCCGGAUGCUGACUGUUUUACAAAGGAACACCCAGUGACUCGUUUGUCGGUGUCAGCUGCCGAACCAAGGCGACAGUAGAUGCGUUUUUAACUCUCGAAGCUUCGUGACGCAAGUAUCACUCAUGGUUUCGAAGCCUCAGUCAACACGUGUCCUUUUCUCUCACUCGUAAAGAAAUGGAAACUUGGUAAAAAUAAAUGUUACUCAGUACCCUUUUAUAAGGAGAUUCAACGACAUCAACAGCUGUCACAAACCUAAGAAAUACUUAAUAAAAAUGAUCAAACAAAAAACUCAAUUUAUGUAGAUAUAGGUUUAAGACUGAUAUAGUGCAGGUCAGGUUUUUUUUUCUUUGUUAAAAUCAUGAAAUCCAUGACUAAAAGUGCACAAAAGAUUGAGCUUAAGUACUUAUGAAUGAAAGAUAGAUGUAAAGUUAUCAUGCACAAGUUACUGAUACUUAUUUGUAUAAAAUCGUUAUGUGUACAGUAGAUAUGGGUGUUUUUGACUCUCAUAGGAUGAAGCUGAAGGAAAAGAUUCUCCUGUUUAUUUCAUUUCUGUGAAUAAGUAAACAACGAAAAAUAGUUUGAU